GCGAGCAGAAAGUGUUUUUAUUCUUGUCUGCUUGAUGUAUGCGAUAUCUUGGUUUUGACAGGUAGCAGUGCAUAGCCAGAUACCCGUCAAGAAGAACUUAGGUGUACCCUUCUGUGAAGUAACAAACUCUACCUUUCGAAGUCAAGCCAUAUUGCCAUACUGACCUAUGAUGAUGAUUGGAAGUUUAACGUCGGCUUCUGGCUGUAGCCAAUGUCGCCGUUGGGCAUGAGUGUGUCAGGCAACAGGAGGUACACGUAGCCGGAACGCAGGACGAUGGUGAAGCAGGUGGGGCUGCUGUCCGCGGGCUGCCAGCCCUGGAACCACGACGUCUGUGACUCCAGCCAUGACCGCUUUGCUUACUGCGCUACCUUGGCGAUAUAUGUCUACCAGCUUGACAGACGAUUCAAUGAAUUCAAGCUGGUAUCGAUUAUGUCGGAACACAAGAAGACCAUCACGGCCUUCAGUUGGAACCCACGCAACCCAGACAUCUUCAUCAGCUCAAGCGCUGACCACAAGCUCAUCGUCUGGAACAUUGCAGAACAGAGAGUUAUAUCAUUGUUGUCAAAUACCAAAGAGGCCCCUUGCUCAGUAGGCUGGUGUCCGUAUGAUACAGAUGUAAUUUCCUUCAUUUCAUCUCGAGGGCCUAUGUACUCCUGGAACUACAAGUCGAACAAGGUGACGGUGGUCAAGGAGGCUCAGAGCUUCAACAGUGAUGUGUGUCAGCUGCGAUGGCACCCCAAGAGUCUGGGCAAAGUGGUGUUUGGUCAUGUGGAUGGGAGCAUAUCAGUUUGUAACAUAGGUUCCAAAGGUAAGAAGCAUGUGUUCCGGCCUGAUGACAUGGAGGAUUCAGAGGAAGUGGAUCCUGUCACCUCCCUUGAGUGGGACCCCUUGUCCGCAGAGUACUUGCUGAUGGCUAACCUCCACUACGGGGUGCGGCUGGUGGACACACAAUCCCUGGUGGUCAUCAUGAUGUUCCAGCUCCCUAGUGCUGCAGCUCAUAUUCAGACUCUAUCCUGGGUCAGUGGGGCACCUGGCAUGUUCCUUACAGGGGAUUCCCAUCAUGGCACAUUACGGAUAUGGAAUGUCUCAAAAAGCACACCAAUUGAAAACGUCCGCUUGAAGAAAACAGGGUUCCAUGCCCUACAGGUAGUCUACAACCCUUACACAGAAACAAGAGAAGAGAAUUCGUCAUCACGAGAAAAGUUUAUAUCAUCAACCAGUCAGGCUAUGGCUCCGUCCAAAACCACCCAGUCUAACUUUGCCCUGCCCCCAGCCAAGCUGGUCUGUACAUUCAAAGAUGGUGGGGUCGGUUUGUAUGACCUGGGCAGGCGGAAGUGGAACUUCUUAAGAGAUCAGGGACAUAUGGAGACCAUAUUUGACUGCAAGUUUAAACCGGAUGAUCCGGACAUGUUGGCCACUGCAAGUUUUGACGGAACAAUCAAAGUGUGGGAUAUCAAUACAAUGAAAGCUGUGUUCUCAUCAGUGGGUAACGAGGGUGUGAUAUAUCAUAUAUCAUGGGCCCCUGGAAACCUGGACUGUAUAGCAGCAUGUACUUCCAAGAAUGGUGUGUUCAUAUGGGACAUCCGGAAAGGAAAAGUCAUCAAGAGAUUCAAUGAGCAUGGGAAGAGCAGUGUGUACUCGGUUUCCUGGAGCCAGAAGGACUCCAAGAGGAUCAUGUCUUGUGGCGCUGAUGGAUAUUGCAUCGUGCGGCAAGUGGAUGGUCAAUUGGUCCAGAAGUAUAGACAUCCUGGGGCUGUGUUUGGUGGAGACUGGAGUCCUAACAACAAAGAUAUCCUGGCCACGGGUUGUGAAGACAAGUGUGUGAGAGUGUACUACCUGGCCACCAGCAGCGACCAGCCACUUCGGGUCUUCACAGGACAUACAGCUAAGGUGUUCCAUGUGCGAUGGUCACCGCUGAGAGAGGGAAUUCUAUGCAGUGGAUCAGAUGACGGCACGAUACGAGUGUGGGACUACACGCAGGAGCAGUGCAUCAACGUCCUGUGUGGACACACCGACCCUAUCCGAGGUCUACUCUGGAACACAGAGAUACCAUACAUGUUGAUCUCUGGCAGCUGGGACUACUCAAUACGGAUCUGGGACACCCGAGACGGAGCCUGUAUAGACACCGUGCUGGACCAUGGAGCUGAUGUGUAUGGUCUGACUUGUCAUCCGGAGCGGCCUUUUUUGCUAGCUUCCUGUUCAAGGGAUUCCACAGUGAGGCUCUGGUCCUUGACCUCUCUCAUUCAGCCAAUAGAAUUACACAUUCUAGCAGGAAAGCCAAUCAGUGAUGUUGUUGGAGUUUCAGACUCCGCCAUGUCGCUGGGAACAUCGCCCAUGUUGGCUGGGAGGGAAUCGAAGGAGCUGAGGCAGCGGAUAGAAAACAUGCCAGGGAAGGCUAUAGCCAAUCAGAUCAAGUUCUUCUCCAAGUUCUUUGCUCAACCAACCGGUACCAACAACCUGUGGGAGUUGGUGUCUGUUGUGAUGGGGGCCGACAACGCACUGCUGUCUCCGGAAUACAAGACAGGGAUCAUGCACAGCAAACAUCUCACCAUGUACAAAGCGUCUGAAGCCCAGGAGCUGGAGAUGGUGAAGAUGUCUCGGCAUGGCAGCGGUAUCGGGGCCCCCAGCAAGGAGGAGUCUCUGAGGGAGGCAGCAGCCGUCCACAUCAAGCUGGGCAACAUCCAGCGCUACUGUGAACUCAUGGUGGAGGUGGGCGAGUGGCACAAAGCUCUAAUUGUGGCUCCCGGUGUUUCAAUGGCGUACUGGAAAUCUCUGUCUGGAAGAUAUGCACAGUCUCUGAUGACUGAAGAGAAGGAUGACGCUAUCCCAUUGCUGGUAGCCACCAGUAACAGCGAUUCCCUUGUAGACUACUUGUCAUCUCAAGGACAGAUGAUUGAUGCAUUACUGACUGCCCAGGCAGCCUGGGAGGGUUUCUACCCACAACAUGUACGGGCGUCAGCAGCGCCUAGCUCUGCUGUCAACGGGUGUGACUCACCCACAGAGGAUCAGCUCAGCCUGGUUCGCCAUGCCACCACCCAGCUAGCCAAGUGGUACUACAACAACGGUCUUCCAAUCCUGGCGGCAUGCUGUCAUAUGGCUGUAGAUGACUGCCAGAGCACCAUGUCAAAACUUAUUCAAGGCAACGAACUAGAACUUGCAGUAGGAGUAGGCACGGUCCUCCAGUCAACACCGCAGCACCUCUCUAUAGCCACGGAGCUUCUCUCUCGGCGAUGUGAGGCGCUGGGGAAAUGGUAUGUAGAAAAAUACAUGCUAAAAUGUUAG